CUUCUUCUUUGAUCUCUCUUUUUUAAGGAGUUCUGAAAGCUGUUAGGCAUGGAUGAGAGACUCCUUCCAGAAACAAGAGAUAGUUUGACCUUGAGAGUCUGGGAGGAAUCAAAGAAGAUCUGGAGGGUUGGCUUUCCUGCCAUGUUAUCGCGAGUGUCAUCCUUCGGAAUGUUCGUUGUGACACAAGCAUUUAUUGGACAUUUUAGUGAGCUUGAGCUUGCAGCUUAUUCCCUCAUACAGAUAAUCAUUAUCCGCUUCGCAAAUGGGAUACUGUUGGGAAUGUCUAGUGCAACAGAGACUCUAUGCGGGCAGGCAUUUGGGGCAAAGCAAUACCACAUGCUAGGAAUUUACCUGCAAAGAUCAUGGAUUAUCAAUCUAUGUGCAGCAACUAUGCUCCUACCAAUAUUCACCUUCGCCGCGCCAAUCUUCAAGUUGCUUGGAGAGGAAGAAGAAAUAGUGAGCAAUGUAGGGUAUAUUUCCCUAUGGUUCAUCCCAAUUCUCUACUCUUUUGUCUUCAGCUGGACUAUCCAGAAGUACUUGCAGACACAGCUUAGGAACAGGAUCAUCGGAUGGUUGUCUGCAGCAUCAUUUGUGCUUCAUGUUUUCUUGUCCUGGAUUUUUGUCAUCAAAUUGAAUUGGGGGAUUCCUGGCGCAAUGAGUUCAUUGAUCAUUGCAACUUGGUUGGUGAUAAUUGGAGAGUUUGUGUACAUCUUUUGGGGUUGGUGUCCCAAUACCUGGAAAGGGUUCACUAUAGCAUGUUUUGCUAAUUUGCUUCCCAUGGUAAAGAUCUCAAUAUCCUCAGGAGUGAUGCUCUGCUUGGAGUUAUGGUACAAUGCAAUUCUAGUCCUCCUGGCAGGAUACAUGAAGAAUGCCACAGUUGCCAUAUCUGCCUUCUCUAUCUGCCUCAAUAUCAAUGCUUGGGAAUUCAUGUUAUGCCUUGGCUUGCUUGAUGCAUCCAGCGUUCGGGUUUCGAAUGAACUGGGGAGAGGAGAUGCCAAAGCUGUAAAAUUUGCUAUCAAAGUCAUAGUAUGUACCUCAAUUUGUAUUGGAGUGUUCUUCUGUGCUCCAUGUUUGAUAUUUGGAUAUCAACUUGGUCACUUGUUUACAAGUGAUGAAGAAGUAGCAGAAUAUGUGUCACAACUCUCUUUCCUGCUUUCCUUCUCAGUCCUGCUCAACAGCACUCAGUCAGUGCUCUCAGGGGUGGCUGUAGGGGCUGGCAGGCAAGCUCUUGUAGCCUAUAUCAACAUUGUUUCCUAUUACGUCAUUGGGGUGCCACUAGGAGCAGUUCUUCGAUAUGUUGCUAAUUUGGAAGUGAAGGGUAUUUGGAUCGGGAUGACAAUUGGGGUUGCAAUUCAGUCAAUAAUACUUGGCUACAUUACAGCAAAAACUAAUUGGGAGGAACAGGUAAACAAAGCAUCAGAACGGUUGAAUAAGUGGCUCUUGAGGCCUACAGGUGAUUCUGAAGGAAACCCAGAUCAAGAAAGAAUAGAAGGAUAAACAACAAUAGAAGAAAAAUGUGUACGCACGAAAAGAUUAGAAAAAUCACAUUAUGCUUUAUAAAUUGCGGAUGGUCAC